AGAACAUCUGCUAAUGUUUUGUGGCGACUUAUUUCCUGAAGAAAACGGAUGCCUUAUGGACGUGACUCCAAACGAGAUUCAGUUUGAAUUCAGUUCCAGUGAUGACAAUAUUAUGGCAUGUGGUGUAAAGAUCUUGGCAAAAGAGGGGCAGAGUAGUAGUGGCAUCAAAGUUGGCUACUCUGAAACUGAAGGCAACAUUGGAGAAGCAGAAGCUUUUAAGGUAUCUCAAGUAAAUAACAAAAAAAACAGUAAACAUACAGGUGACUGGAGUUGGCUUAGCAAGCUUCUUCUAGGGAAGAAGAAGAUGAAGAGGAAUAAGACAGAGCUUAGUUUGACACCAGUCUCAGGAUCCAGUGAUGAUACACAGGGAAUCUUGAUGAGGUAUCAUGAGCCUGAAGCUGUUCAACUCUCUGAAGAAGAAAACACCACAGAUCUUUCGCGUUUGCUAUGUAUUGUUUCCCUUGUGAUCUCUGUUUUGUUGAUUUUCCAUUGCUUGUUUCUUCAAAUGCAAUGACCUGAUGCAUCACACAUCUUGUUGUGUUUAGACGUAAUUUGUUGUAUCUGUUUGUUUGGUGUAGUUUGUUGUUACUAAUAAAAGUGUGUGAUUAUG